AUGGGAGAAGAAGGCAGUCAGCGCAGCUGUGGGACCCCUAGGGAGCUGCAGAAGCUGAAGCAGAAGGCGAUGAAGUACUACCGGGAGAACGACGUUCCGCGCCGGCUAGAAGAGCUGCUCAACUCCACCUUCUACCUCCAGCCCGCCGACGUCUACGGGCACCUGGCAAACUGCUUUUCUAAAUUGGCAAAGCCCCCCACCAUAUGCAGAGUCGUGGGGAAGAGUGUCCUGGAUGGACUGGCGCUUCCAACCUUGCAAGUGGAGCUGUUCUGCACUAUUCAGAAUUUCUCCAAGAACAUAUGUUCUGUGGUGAUCGCAACUCAUUUCGAAGUCCACGAGAGUGCGUCAGCAGAGGCAGCCGAGGUGGAGGAAGCAGAGAGGUCCCAAGCCGUGAGUACAGCUGUGCAGUGGGUGAAUGGAGCCCUCACUGAGCAGCUGCAGGGAACAGCCCCCUCCAACCAGGCUGAGGUGGACCAGCUGCUCAGGACAUUCUUUGAAAAUAAAGUACUAGAGGACCAGGAGAGAAGAGAAUUGGAAAAGAACCUGGAAGACUCAACGGCUUUGCACCCCUCACCUUAGCCCCCCAACCCCCUCCCACCUCUUUGAUCAAACGUUCUCUCUCCAGGAACGAAGGAUGCUCUUGUGGAGAAACCCAUCCCGCCCGCGGAGCCUGUCGAGCCGGUGCUCUGGGGCAGCAUGGCCGUCGGUGCCGUGUCGCUCGCGGCCGCCAAAGCCGGAGCCAUUCUGGACGAGAUGCCUCUGUACCUCAACAUUGCUUCACUCAAGAGCCCGCAGGAACCGCCCACAAAGCUCAAGGUGCCUCUGGCGAUGGUGUCGUUGCUCAGCUGUGGGAAGUCAUCAGCCGGGAAGCUGAAUCUGAUGAAGGAACUGAUCUGUAUUCCGCACCCUGGAUUAUCAGCUAAACAAGGUAUAGAGAUGCUUCUGGAAAUUCAGAAACAGAUUAACAAAGCAGUUGAAAUGCCUCCUCCUCCCAAAACAGAAGCGAAGAAAGGGCAUAAUGGAGGCAAGCGAGGCCAGCAGCAGGUAACGGGUAAGAUGUCCCAUCUUGGCUGUCUAACCAUUAACUACGACACCAUAGAGCAGCCGCUGCUUCUCAUACAAGGGAUCUGUGCCAACCUGGGGCUGGAGCUGGGGAAGAGCCUGCAUCUCGCCAUCAACUGUGCUGCCCACGAGUUGAUGGACUAUAGUAAAGGGAAGUACGAAGUGACAACCGGGACAUACAAGUCGCCGGCCGAGAUGGUCGAGCUGUAUGUCGACCUGCUCAACAAGUUCCCGUCUCUCGUCGCCUUCAUUGAUCCUUUCAGGAAGGAGGACACUGAGCAGUGGGACAGCAUCUGCAGCAUCCUGGGCUCCAGGUGCUACAUCAUCGCCGGGGCCACAUCCAAAAGCAUCUCCAAGCUUCUUGAGGACAGAAACAUCAGCACCCCCAAGUCCAGCGGGCUGAUCCUAAGACACACAAAUCAAACUACGAUGUCAGACUUGGUGGAAAUAAGCAAACUUAUUGACAGUAAAAGGCGCAUCGCUGUCUUUGGAAGCACAGAAGGAGAAUCGUCUGAUGACAGCCUUGUCGAUUUGGCCAUUGGACUCGGUGUCCGGUUUGUCAAGUUGGGAGGUCUUUCUCGAGGUGAACGGGUGACUAAGUACAACCGCCUUCUUACUAUAGAGGAAGAACUUGUCCAGAAUAAAACGCUGGGUUUCAACGAAGAUCACACAUUUUUUCCCUUGGAUGAGGAAGCUGAAAAGGACGCUGUGACAGCUGAGGCCGCCGUGACAGUGGUGGGUGAACCCCCUGAAGCCCCGGAGCCCAUCUUCCCUACGGAAGUUGGAGAGGAGUCAGCCCUAACAUGAGCGUCUCUGGAUGGAGCUGUAC